UUUUUGUUAUUUACGGUUGUUUUUAUAUAUAUUUUUUUCAUUCGUCAAAGUGUUUUUGUUGCAAUUAAACACACACAUACACUAAGGAAAAUAACUAACAACAUUUUAAUAACAAAAAUAAAAAGUGAAUGCAAUUAACUAAAUAAGACGGGAGAGAGGUGACGCAUUAAUUAUAUGUAAUUAAUAAUUUGUUGUUUUUGUUAAAAGCAAUAGAUAGUUGCUAAUAAAAAGUAAUACAAAAAGAAAACAUAAGUUUUUGUCAACAUAAUUUUCUGUUUUAAGUGUUUAAACUUGUUAUUAGACAUCUACUUCUUCUAACAUAAUUCUAGUAAAAAAAGUGUUAUUCCAAAUUAUCAUUUCAACAUUUAUUUCCUUCAAGAAUUUUGUAUAUAAAAAUUAUUCAAAUAUUGAAAUAAUUUCCUGUAUACGUGCGUAAUUGUGGGCCCUAAAUAUGGCUGAAGCCCAUCAAGCCGUAGCCUUUUCAUUUGCCAUUACCCAUGAAGGGUUCGAUAUCAACUAUGAUCAAGAAGUUCUUAAUUUAGUAUGGAACUCUGGUAUUAGAUCAUGGAAGAAACGUUUAGCCAGAGCCAGGAACGGUAUACGCAAUGGCGUUUAUCCCGCACACAUACACAGUCUUUGGCUUAUAACGGCCAUAGCGCUGGGUUUACAUUUUGCCGGCAUGAAUGCGCCGUUUAAUAUAAUAAAUCGUGUUCUAGUGCAUUUACCAGCGAAUACAAUAAAUUGGCAAAUAACCGCCUGUUUUCUGGCCUCAUUAAUUGUUUGGCUAAGUAUUUGUAUGACAAUGCGUUACACUCUAAAAUUAUUGCUUAUGUAUAAGGGUUGGAUGUAUGAAUCUCGAGCGCCGGGUAGUAAAAUAUCUUUGCGCACUAAACUUUGGGCUGGUGCCGUUAAGGUAUUUUCUAGUUGGAAUAAACCCGGUUUAUAUAGUUUUCAAGGUUCUCUACCCAGACUGCCUUUGCCGUCGGUACAUGAAACUAUGCAACGUUAUUUGAGAUCAGCACGUCCUCUUUUGGAUGAUGAGAAUUAUGCACGUAUGGAACGUUUGGCUAAUGAAUUUGAAAAUACUAUUGGCAAGAAAUUACAAUGGUAUUUAGUAUUGAAAAGUUGGUGGUCUACUAAUUAUGUUUCUGAUUGGUGGGAGGAAUAUGUUUACCUACGUGGUCGUUCCCCUUUGAUGAUUAACAGUAAUUUCUAUGGUACCGAUGCUAUCUUCAUGGAGUUGACUAAAAAUCAAGCGGCUCGAGCAGCUAAUAUCGUUUAUUUGUUGUUGUCAUUUAGACGUGCUAUAGAAAGACAAGAAUUGCAACCGAUUAUGGUUCAAGGUAUGAUUCCUUUGUGCUCGUGGCAAUAUGAACGUACUUUCAAUACUGUAAGAGUACCUGGUCUAGAAAGCGAUCGUAUUGUGCACUAUAAGGACUCAAAUCAUAUUGUGGUUCUACACAAAGGCUGCUAUUACAAAGUAUUAAUCUACUACAAAGGACGUCAAUUGAGACCUUGCGAAAUUCAAAUACAAAUGGAAGAGAUCCUUAAUUCCAAAGCAACACCAUUGCCAGGUGAAGAACAUUUAGCUGCUUUGACCGCUUGGAAUCGUUCAAAAUGGGCCGAGGCUCGUAAUACCUAUUUUUCACGUGGUGUUAAUCGUGUUUCAUUAAAUACCGUUGAAUCAGCUGCAUUCGUAUUAUCAUUAGAUGAAGUUCCAUAUGAAUUUGAUUUGACACGUCCCGAACUAUUGGAUAACUUUGGUAAAACUUUGCUACAUGGCAAUGGUUAUAAUCGUUGGUUCGAUAAGAGUUUUACCGUGUGUGUGGGUACUAAUGGACGUGUUGGUUUCAAUGCUGAGCAUACUUGGGCCGAUGCUGCUGUUGCUUCUCACAUGUGGGAAAAUCUUAUUGUGGAUGAUUUAGACACCGAUGGAUAUGAUGAAAAUGGCAAUACUAAGGGAACACCCGAAUUUCAACCACCCUCGCCAAUACGUCUUAAUUGGCAAUUGGAACCAUGUAUAACACAAAUCGAAGAAGCCGUAAUGGAUGCUAAUAAACUUAUUAAUGACAUUGAUCUCAGAAUUUUGGUACACAAUCAAUAUGGCAAAGGAUUCAUGAAGAAAUGUCGCCUUUCACCUGAUGCUUUUAUACAAAUGGCAUUACAGUUGGCGUACUAUCGUGACGCUGGACGUUUCUCUUUGACCUAUGAGGCUUCAAUGACACGUCUCUUCCGUGAAGGUCGUACAGAAACUGUUCGCCCCUGCACUAUUGAAUCUUCGGCCUGGGUUAAGGCUAUGGAGAAUAAAAACUCAACGAUUGAUGAACGUGUUGAGUUAUUGAAAAAGGCCUGUGAUCGCCAUCAAUUGGGCUAUCAAGAUGCUAUGUGUGGCCGUGGUAUUGAUCGUCAUCUAUUCUGUUUAUAUGUAGUUUCCAAAUAUUUGGAAGUAGAUUCACCCUUCCUAAAUGAAGUUUUAAGUGAACCAUGGCGUUUAUCAACUAGUCAAACACCUCAUGGUCAAACGCCAAAAAUGGAUUUGAAAAAACAUCCCAACUGUAUCAGUUCGGGUGGUGGUUUUGGUCCAGUUGCUGAUGAUGGUUAUGGUGUAUCAUAUAUUAUUGCCGGAGAGAAUUUGAUAUUCUUCCAUAUAUCAGCUAAGAAAUCUUGUGAUACAACUGAUGUUCAUCGUUUUGCCGAUAACAUUUGUAAAGCAUUAGCUGAUAUUCGCUCUAUGUUUGAGCAGCAUAUGAAAGACCAUCCACCUAAGAAAUCCAUAGCUAAUGGUACCUCCACCUCAGCAGCUAAAUGAUGUUUUAUAUAUAAUUAGUUAACUUUAUUUUAAAGUUGUUUUUAUAUUUUUGUUUUCUUUAGUUUUAUAUUUUUCAGUUACAUAGAGUGUUUUGUGUUUUUAGUGUUAAUAUUAUUAUUGUGUAUUAUUAGCGCUAAAAUUACCUGCGACAUCAAAUUAGAGUUUUGAGCAUUUGUUUUCAUAUUUUAAUUUUGAUAUUUUUUAUGUAAUUUUUUAUGUUUAUUAAAGCGAUCUAUUUUCUUUUUUAUUAUUGUUAGCAAUAUUAGGUUAAGUUUAAUUGUUAAUUAAAACUAUCAACAAAUAGAUUUCAUAUCAUCGUUAUUAUUUAAGUUUUUUUUGUACAAAGAAAACAAAUUUGUUUAAUAUCUUUUUUUCAUUUCAAUUGUGAGUGUGAAGUGUAGUCUUUUUUUUAAUUUCUAACAUCAAAUUAAAGUUUAUACAUUUGUAUCUUAAAGUUUAACAUGAAAUUAUGAAACUAUGAAAUUAUUUUCUUCAAAUGCAAUGCAAUUUUAUUUGUAAAACUUAAUUUAAAAAAAAACAAAUAAUUUUUCAAUAUUUAGUUUUAUUUUAAUAUAUAUUUUAGUUUUUUUUUUUUCUUUUGUUCGUUUCAUUGAAAAUUUCUCAUAUCAAAAUUACAAUACUGUUUUUUUAGUUAGUUAAAAAUUUAGUAAUUUAAGAAUUUUUAAAUAAAACAUAAAACAAACUCAUA